CGUAACUACAACGGGACCUUAAAUUGAUAGACGUUAAUGUAAACUCGCAAAAUUAACUAUCAUGGGCAAAAUUGUGUACUAAUAUUCAAUCUAUGGUUAAAUGUGGACUGUAAUGGCUGUUGUAGUAUGCAUUAUUUUAUUUUGAAGUACGCUGCUAAUUCGAGCCCGUGUCGUAUCCAGACUUUUUAACCUAAAUGUUUCCCUCAUAUUGACAACAGUUUUGAACAGAGCCUGUUCAUAACACCUAUCCUACGAUACCCUUGAAAUGCCCACGAUUAGUAAAGCCAUUUUUUGGAGUAAUUAUUCUCUUUCGGAUUUUAGAAAAUUGUAGUUCUGUUUAAAAGCAUUAUUCUGUAAAGAAAUAGAUAUUUGACAUUCGAAAACUUAACGCAUUUUUUUUCUCUGGGAAGGGAUGGAUGCUGUAAAAUUGAGUAAUGUUAGUUGCAUCCCCUUCAAUCAUGACCAAAAUACUGAUUCAGCUACAGAUGAAGAGCAUCCCUCCAAAAUUGCUGAAAUAGAUACGAAUUUAAUAAAAGAGGAACUGAAGACAGAAGAACAAGAAGAUGUCGAUAACACAGAGGAAGUAAUUAACUUCACAUGCCCUAAAGGCAAUCUUGAUUUUCGGGUUGGAAUGGGUCCAAAGGCGAUAUUGAUGCGACAAUCAUCUCAUGACUUGGCAAUUGUCGCAGAUCUGUACUCUCUCCUAGAGGACUUUAGGACAAUGGCUCACUCAAGUAAGUCGUUGCUGUGCUGUCAACCUGCAAGUUACCCAUCAGUUCUGAUGUGUCCAUUAUGCGGAGAUUAUUUUGUGGGAAAGGCUGACCGUAUGCUGAACCUCUGCAAACAUUACGAGACAGUACAUCCAUCGGAUGCUUUAAAACUUAUUCUGGAUGCCAUGAAAACAUACAAGAAGCUUAUUGCGCACAUGAGGAAGGCUCUGGAGUUUGAUGUGUGGUUUGGUGAUGUUAACUAUACCACUGUGAAAAGAAACAAAAGCUUUGAGUGCACAGAAUGUAAAAUAAACUGAACAUAAUCCUGCUCAAUUCCUGUUUGUGAUCAAAUCAAUACUGUGGAAUGCCAUUUGAAAAGGAUGAGUUGUCAAGUCAUGGUUUAUUGAUGAGUUUUGUGCAGUGUUCAUGGUUUACAUGUUUACUAAUUCUGUCCAUCAUAAACCUUUGUAUUCUUUGAUUCAAAAUGACCAGUAGUUCAUCGAUAGCAUGAAACCGCUGUCAAGUCACAUUUGCACAUGACGACAUUUUGGCUUAGUUGCCCUUAAAAGUAGAUUUAUGAGAUUGGUUUAUGUUUGAUUUUAGAUUGAUAAUUUUUUUAUUUUGGAAGAUUUGUGUAUAAUUGUGUUUUGUAGCUAUUACUUCAAAACAUUUAGGGGUGGCAGCCAUGAAAUUCUUGCACCCGACUUGUGUACCACAGUUUUAAACUUGCAAUGGUCGUUUUUUUUCUUUUUGUUGUGUUGGUGCUUUUUUAUAUGUAAUUUAUUAUUUAUUAUGUUUGGUUGUUAACUUGGGUAACUGACAAGUAUAAAAUAGACAGUUAUUUGUUUUUCCUUGCUUUUUUUCCCCACACAAAUUCCAAAUGCUUUGGACAAUAGUUAUGUUGCUGCCUUAUUAAUUUUUAGUAGUGUUAAUGAAUUGUGUGUAAUAGAAGCAGUGUAGACUGCUUGGAUAUUUAUUCACUAAGUUUUUUAUUGUGUAUCAUUGGUGCAUUAAAUGCCAUUAAUUUCAAAUUGUGGUGAGGGGUGAGGUGGUCAAUGGUGAAGUGUGAAGACUCCCCCACCUCAGCCCUGCUUCAAUAUGUGAAUUGUUUACUUCCUGACCUUGAAAAUAACCUUGGUGUUUUACAAAGCUCUAAUUUAUUUUUAUUUCUCGUCAAUUUUUAAAUUUUUUUCCCCUUGUCUUAUUUAGACUUCCAGUGGAUGUGAGGGACCGAGUCAAUAUUACUUCCAUGAGAUUUUAAAUGCGAGGAUCUAGGAAUUGUGGACGACAUGAAAUGUGACAAGUCUGGAUUUUGAUGUCAAUGUUUAAUUUAACGAGCUUCUGAUGUUUCUAUUUAAUGAACCAUUUUAAAAAUGUGAAAUGCUCGAUUAUUCAUUUGAAAAUAAAAGUUCUGUAACAUGAUUCGUGUAUUGCUUUUGUUCAUGGCAAGUUGAGCCUCUUGUACCAUUAUCUUUACAAGGCAGAAAAGAAAUUCCAAGUGCGGAAGUUCCUAUAAUAAACGGCAUGGUUCCCUUUCUUGCAGUUACAUUUCAAGUAAGAGUAGCGAAAUUAGACCAAGAUGUUGGACUGGAUCU